AUGAUAUUUAACUUUUCAGGAAACCAAUGUAUAUUCAUAAACACAAGAGGGAAUUCAAAACUGUUCAUUUACCAGAACCACACAUUCCGAUUUAUGUACAAAAAGGCAUAUGGAAGUCAGCUGUGGUACUGCUGGUAUUUCUUCAGCCGUUGCUGUCCGGCAAAGCUGAGGAUUAACAAUGCAGGGAAAGUUACAGAGAGCAUCGGAAGGCACAACCACGACCCUCCUACAUGUUGGAUGACUCCGGAUGAAUACAUUGUGUUAGUAAAAGACCAAAGUUAUAUCCCACAUCCGCGGCCGCCGCGCGAAGACCCACCGGAAAGGUUGGAGGGUGGACUAAAAAAGCACGUGAUAAUGCGACUAUACCUCGGAGAGCUUGUACGAGAGUAUACGAAAAGUGGUAGACCAGUGUUAAGAGUAGGAGCAUACAGAUACAUAGUGCACAUUAUGUCCGGGCGAAAGAUCAGUUGGCAAUGCUGCAAGCAGAAGCAAAUGGGCUGCAAGGCCAGGCUCAUAACCUUUGACUACGUCAUCAUCAGGAGUGGUGAACUUGUACAAGAGUACACGAAGAAUGGUAGACCAGUUUUAGUAUUGAAAGGAUAUCGAUACAUCGUUCACGUCAUGGCAGGACGGAAGAUCAGAUGGCAAUGCAGUAAGCAGAAGCAGAUGGGAUGCAAGGCCAGGCUAAUGACCUACGACAACGUCAUUAUCAAGAAUAUUGAAGAACAGUUGCCAGAGUGGGCUUCCAUUUACUACCUUAAGGACUUGACGAAAGAGAACAUAAUGAAAUGCAACCUCUGUGACAUCAUCAUCAAUGCUGAUGAGAAGUCUCUCCUCCUCUUAGACCACAUCAAAGAUAAGCAUAAAGAAGUGUUUGAUGUCCACAAAGAUAACCCAGAAGCAAAUAUUGGGUUUCGCAUAGAGUUCCUGCAUUUGAAUGUUAUGAAAGACGAGGAAGAUCCUAAAUCAGAACCAAUUUUACUGGGGGAAGUGUGUGAGACUACCAGUGAGCCACUGGUGAAGGUUCCAGAACCUGCUACCGACAAGGAUGAUGAGGUCAACACGCAGUAUGUGAUGAAUAAGAAAAAAAAGAAGAAGGAUUCAUCAGAAGCACGCAAGCGCAGUUGGGUGUGGAAAUACUUCGACAAGUUGAGCAACAUCAUCUACCGUUGCAACUUGUGCCACGUGGUGCUGUCCAUCAAGGGCUGCAACACCAACAACAUGAACCGUCAUGUGCGCACGCGCCACCCCCAUGUCUUCAAGAAGGAGAUCACGCAACGCGACACUUCAGAGAGCUUUGACCUGAGUAGCGAAGUCGAGACUCCAUAUGCAAUUAAGACCGAAGAAAUUUAUGCGAGCGACAGGGAUUUGGAAGAUAUGAUUGAGAGCACGAACCAGAAGCUGCGCAGGAGUUGGAUCUGGUCGUACUUCGAGCGCGUGUCGGCCGCGCAGGCGCAGUGCAAGCUCUGCCGGCGGCACAUCACGCACGGCGGCAACGCUACAGGCAAUAUGAAUCGACAUCUCAAGAUGAUACAUAAUAAGACAGGAUAUCCCGACGAUAAAAACGACACGUCGUGGGUAUGGAAGGUGUUCGAAGCCAGCGAUGAUGAAGCAUACACGUGCAAGAUCUGUCAAUUCCGCUGCAUCAAGUACACCAGCGAGGAGCGCAGCGUGUCCUGCAUGCUGCACCAUCUCAAGCUCGAGCAUGGAGUGGUCUCCGGAGACCAGAUCAUCACCGGGACCGAAUGUGAUGAUGAGCACUGAUGAUACCUGCUGGUCUCCGUCACCGAGCCAGGUUACUGAGGCCGGAGGUGUGGGGAUGGAAACUUCUCGAAAUCCACGUAGAAUGAAAAGGUAUUUUUUGGUUGCAAUCGAGAUAACGACUUGCUAGCGUCAUUUCGUUUGAUGAUUUAUAUCUGAGUAAAUAAAGAGCAGUAUAUCUGGUCAUUAAUGCCUCAGAUGGUCAUAAGCAGUUCUUCACGUCUUGAAGGUCAAUUACUACAUAAGACUACUGUAGGAAACAUUACAGAAUAUCUAUAGUAAUUAAACUAUCUUCAAUGUUCAAACUGGAGUAACAUGGCAUAUUGAUUACUGCUUAAAUUAGGAGUCUGGAUGUCGCUGGUCUGCUCCUGCAACUUGAACCUUCAGUGUCAUGACUCAUGAGUCAUAAUCGUGUGACUAGUGUAUUUACCUUGAGGUAACAAAACUUAAAGUGUAUAGUGUAUAAUGCUGUAUAUACCCAAACAUGUUUAAAUGCUAUACAUAAUAUUUUAGUUAAUUAACAAUGGAAAUGUAGGUGAAUAGUCUAGAAUAAGUUUUGCGUAUUUUGUUAGUUAUCAAUAAAUUGCUUUUCGAAU